AUGCCAAUUGAAUCGCGUUUCUCUGUUCAAGUUCCCAACUGCUCGAUACAACAAUGGAUCUUUGGCUCAUCUUCAGGUCCAUUGCCAGACAAAAAAGCCUUCAUCGAUGCUGAUCAUCCUCAAGAUCGCUACUUCACUUACAGCCAAGCCCGGUUAUUUGCGAAGCGUAUAGCUGUUGGUCUAACUGACAAUGGCCUCAAGCCAGGGGAUCGUGUGCUUCUCUUUGCCCACAACAGUAUCUUCUUCCCAACUAUUGUGAUGGGUAUCUGGAUGGCCGGAGGCAUAUUCACUGGAGCGAAUCCUGGCUAUGUUGCUCGCGAACUGGUUCAUCAAUUGAAGGAUAGCCAGGCAACGUUCAUUAUUUCUGACCACAGUGCUUUAGGGGUGGCUUUGGACGCAUCCUCCCAAGUUGGCAUGACACCGUCUCAAGUAUUUGUGUUGGAUUCAACAUGGCCAGAUACUUCUAUCGAGAUCCAACCCCCUAAAGGAAUCAGGCAUUGGACAGAACUCAUCGCAGCCAAGUCAAGGGGUGAGACUUUUGAAUGGACUGAGCCAGAAGACUCCAAGAAUUCAAUCUGCAGUAUCAAUUACAGCUCAGGUACUACUGGAAUACCCAAAGGCGUGGAGAUCUCACACUACAACCAUGUCGCCAAUAGUCGUGGCGUUACACUCUUCCACCAGCUCCAUCCAGAAUUUGAGGCUCGACGAGAUCGUGCCGCUGCUCUAUGUUUCCUCCCAAUGUAUCAUGCCUUUAGUCAAGGCUACUUCAUCACCAGCUUUCCAUAUGAGCGAGUUCCUGUCUACAUCAUGCCUUCUUUUGAGUUCCCCAAAAUCCUCACCCAUAUCCAGACUUUCAGAAUUACAAAACUUCUAGCUGUUCCGCCUAUCCUGGUUCUCAUCUCAAAACACCCACUCGCACGCAGUGCGGACCUCAGUAGCAUCGACAUGAUUGCGUCUGGUGCUGCACCAUUGGCGAGAGAUACACAACGUGAGAUAGCGGGUAUGAUACCCUUGGGUGAAGCCGUCGUUCGGCAGGGUUGGGGAAUGACCGAAGCGACUUGUACUGCACUGUCUUGGGACCCUAAUAAGGCCCCGAGCUCUGCGGCCGGCGAACUGACGCCGGAUUCUCAAGCUAGACUGGUCGACAUCGAAACUGGCGAGGAAAUCAACACUGCCAACACUCCUGGAGAGUUAUGGAUUACGGGUCCCACCGUGACCCGCGGUUACUGGCGUAAUCCUGCUGCGACACAAGAGGCCUUUGUUGUCGACUCUGAUGGCACUCAAUGGCUUCGCACUGGAGACGUCGCUUAUGUGGAGGAAUAUGCAAAGGGAACUCUUUUCCACAUUGUGGAUCGUGUCAAAGAACUCAUCAAAGUCAAGGGCAUGCAAGUUGCUCCCGCUGAACUCGAGUCCCUCCUUCUUGAAAGAGAAGAUGUUGCCGAUGCCGCUGUUGUAGGGGUUGUUAUCGACGGUGAAGAAUUUCCACGCGCCUACAUCGUCAAAACGCCGAACGGAGAGAAUACAUCCAAGCAGGAUAUUGCAGACUGGUUAGCGAGCCGUGUUGUCAAGUACAAGCAACUUAUAGGCGGCGUGGUCUUUGUUGAUUCCAUCCCCAAAGUUCCUUCAGGCAAGAUUCUGAGAAAAGUACUUCGUGAGAGAGCAAAGCGCGAAGUUAGCAACGGCCUUGAGGUGCGCGCCAAGCUAUAG